AAAAACAGUUAAAAUAAGUUGCCUCCAUAAUGCCGCAGCAGAUAUCUCAAACGUUUUUUUGAUGUUGCAUAUGUUUUGAAAUGUUUUGUCGAUUCAGUGUGCUUUCAGCUGGCCAUUUGGUCAUAAAUCGCGUUUUCCAUUUGAUUAAUUGUGUUGGUAUCAUCACCAAAACUGGUCUGCACCAUAACAAUUGUUGCCACCAGAAACUCGGGCAGCCAGCAACAAUUUGCAAUAUAGCACUACUCCGAAUCUCCUUUCCUCGCUGGUUUGGUCAGUAGUUGACGAUGGUUGAGGCCGGUUGAGGUCCGACGGAUCCUCUUCCAGCAAGUUUUGGGUUCAGAGUCGGCAUCGGCCUUUGAACCUGUUACGGGCCCCAUGUUCGCCCGAGGAUCGGAUUCACCCUUUUCCACGACACCUGGAACACGACGAAGGGCGCUGGCACGCGAUCCUUCCAGUGAGAACCUCUUCGUGGAUAUUGGGGCCAACCCUGAAUGUCCGCAGAGCGGGAAAUUCCUGCAGAACCUCAUCUACCACGGGAGUCAACUGGAGCCCAUUGAUGAAGCGGUCGGCUUGGCACACGCCACGGGUGCUGGCUCCAUGUUCAGUAGCAUCUUCACACUGGUGGCAUCAGCCAUGGGUGCGGGCUGCUUGUCACUGCCACACAUGUUCAGCAAAGCAGGCUUGGUGCUAGGGCUCAGCCUGUUGACGUGUGGAGCAGUCCUGGCUCAUGUGUCUCUGGUGAUUUUGAUGAGCUGUGCCCGAUACACGCAGAGUCGUAGCUUUGCGGAGCUGGUCUCGAACUUGCAGGAGGAUCAACUGGACGGGCCAGUGAGGGACCUGUCCGUGGACAUCGUCAUCACAUUGUAUGGAAUGGCAGCGGUGCUUAUCUACAUGAUGCUGAUUGGUGAUUUCAUGUCGGACAUAGCUCGAUCGCCUUUGUUUGAUUUGGAGGUGCCUAGACACUAUGUGAUUUUGGCCUCCCUCACCGUGGUCUUUCCCUUGUCCAUCCCUCGAAACGUCACCGCCUUGAGAUACAUCUCCUUCCUGAGCAUCAGUGCCAUCACCUUCCUCACCCUGGUGGUGGCGGCUAAGACUCCGGAGCAUUUGGCAGACCUCGAGGGCUCGAAUGACAGCAGCGGGACCAGCGUGCAGACAGUAUUGCAGUGCUUUGCCAUGGCACUUUUCUCCUUCAAUGCCCAUACCAACGCUGUUCCGGUGGCGUUGUCCUUGGACCAGCCGCGUGCCACGCGGAUUUGGCAUGUCUCGCUGGUGUCGGUGCUAAUUGAGCUCGUUAUCUAUGCCACCAUUGCAACAUGUGGCUACUUGUCCUUCGGCAGCCAAACCCAACAAGACUUCAUCCGGAACUAUCCCGCAGAGGACCGUUGGAUGCUAAUCGUGCGGUGUGUUUAUUCGGUGCCUAUCAUAUUUGGCGUGCCCAUGAAUCUGGCUCCAGCAGCUGCCUCGAUGCAGGCUUUGGCGGGAAAUCUCGUGGCCAAGAUGUCGACCUUUGGGCGGCAGCGCAGUGAUAGUGAGAAAUCCAGCUGCCAACGGAUAUGUAUUGUCAGUUUCGUAUUGACUGUUUUGCGCGGCGGUGUCCAUCCUCUGCGACGCCUUCGCGGAUGUCAUUGGGCUCUUUGGUGCUUGCUUCGGCACGCUGAUCUGCCUCAUUUGGCCCUUGAGGAUAUGAUUGAAAGUCAUGAAGACCUUGCACUCCAGAGCCCUAUCCACUGUGGAUUCCAUGGUGCUUUUCUGGGCUGCCUCUUUGGGGAUGGCAGCUUUCGUGGAACAGUUUUACCGAGUCAUCACGUUUGGCUGAAGCAAGCAUGCACGAACUGCUGGCCACCGAUACUGACAGGCUGAGGCAUUUAGAUGCAGACGGCGGCCGCAUGCCCCAGAUUCGUAAUGUGUUU